UAGUUUGGUAGAUUUGCCCAGAGAUAGCGUUAAUGUGCCGUCUAAAAAUUAAUUUAUCUCUUUAAAUACUUACCGCAUCAUUCUAGAUAAGCAUGAAUCUUACAUAAAAUAAUGUAACACCUUUUAUACGUAUUCAUUUAUUCAUGCGCAUCUAAUUUAAAUUCUUAACUUGUCAUGGUUGAUAAUAAUAUACGCUAGAUGUCGCUAGUAACGCCAUAUUAUGACAGCAAUUUAGACAUUGUCUAUCCUUGUCAUUCUACAUGAAGUCACCGGACCGAAUGUAUUUUUUUCAUAGUCGAUCGAAUCAAGUUCUAAUUUGCAUCGUAUUUCAAAUAAUAAAAUAAAUAAAGGAAUUGUUUCAUUGCAAAUAUGUUGAACCAAGUGUGCAAAGUGUAAUACCAUAAUGGAUAUAGUUCUAGCGUUCAGUGUUACGCUAAGGUAAUAGAAUAUUAUCGUUAUUAUUAAAGACAAAAGAAACGUCCUUCACACAUUAUUAGAGCACCGUUGUGCAAACAAGCCUCUUAUCUGCACGCCCCGUACUGUUAGAGGUGAUUAUUGUAUACGCUAAUAUUAUUUAUAUAUACUGCAUGUAAGUAAAUAUUCCGCUGGUAUUUUCUGCGCAGCGACGUUACUAACUUCACAAAUGGUGGCGGGUUUCUAUCGCUUGCUGUAAAAAUAGUAAGCUUACUAAUCGUCUAGCCAUGGCUAACGCCAAGAGUAGACUAAAUGCACCCAAAAGUGCAGCUAACAAAAAGAAAGUUGGUAAGACCAAGUCGUUGGCAGGUCGGAAGGAGGCGGCCAAAAAUAAUAACAACAAUGAGGCAAUCAUACGGAGACUCACUGAUAAUGUGACGGUGCUCUCCACUGAUGAUAAAGUGCAAUUAUUGCUGGAGAACGGACCCCAGCUCAAGGAUAAGUUUGUACUCAAAACUGUACCCAAACUACCAAAGAAGCCACUGCCUCCCUCACCAAAGGUCAUUGCAGAAGUAAAAACCCAACCCUCUGUGAGGGACAGAUUAAUAACUAAAAGUGGAAGAAUUGUAAAGAAGAGCAAAAGUGAUUUAAAACUUAUGGAUAAUAUCCUAAAAAGUGAACUAUUGAUUGAACUGAAUGGUGACAAGAAUAAGAAAAAUAAGAAUAAUCCAAAUGACAAAAAUACAAGCUCCAACAACAACAAUGAUAUGGAGAUAACUAAUCAAAAUGAUGCUGAUCUGGGAGCAUCGGGCACAAACUCUGAGGAUGCUACAAACACAACCAAAAAUGUACAAAAUGGUAAAGACCCAACCAAACCC